AUGAUUUCUUCUCAAAACCACUCAACGACUGUAUCGGAAUCAUUGAUUCCAUCAUCGACCAAUUCCGAUGAUCAUACAACAACAGAAGCAUCCAAUAGUAGUAGUACCACCACUACUGAAAACAACAACCACAAUAAUACAACCUCCAUUGAUGGAACCUCCUAUGACAACAACAUUAGCCUUGAUGAAUUUUCUCAUUUACCCAAAUCACUUCAGAAUCGACUCGGAGCUCUCAAACUCUUGAAAGAGAAAGGCAAUGAAUUCUACCGUAAAGAGAUGUUCCAAGAAGCAGUCGAUGAAUAUGAUAAGAUUGAUCGUUUUAUGGGAGUUUUAUUCAAGAAGAGUGAGAGCACACCCGACGAGUUGAAGAUGGCUCUCUCCUAUCAAACAGCUGCUCAAUUGAAUAUGGCUCAAAGUUUAAUGAAGAUGGGCAAGUAUUCUAAGGCUUUGGAUCAUUUGGAAAAGGCUGAAGAAUAUAAUAAGGAAUUGAAAGAUCAUGCCUCUGAAAAGAAAAUCAUGUUCCGACGAGCCAAGUGUUAUUUGGAUGGUAUUGAGGAAACAAAGGGUAAGGAAUUAAUGCAAGAAGUGAAAGAAAAGUAUGCUUCCGAAGAUAGUGCCCUUGUGAAAUUAGUAGAUGCUGAAUUGAAAAAGUACAAGCAACAAUCCAAGAAGGAAAUGCAAACGACGAAAUUGAAAGGAGUGUUUGGAAAGACUGAAUUGUAUCAUGAUAUGCCAGAACCUGUCAUUUCCACGAAUGAUGGUGAAGAUUUGAAAAAGAAGAACGAAGAGGUGCUGUCUUCAUCACAGGAGAAUGAAUCUUCUUCUUCGUUAUCAACAACGAGUAGCGCAAUGAUGAACCUAUUUGGAGAUAAGGAAACGUUAUGGAAGAGUGCCAUCAUUGCAUCUUUUAUUCUCAUUCUCACAACCAUAUUGGUCAUGUAUGCCUUACACUAA